UUUUCUAAUGAACUUUCUUUUUGAAAAGGUGUUCAAGCAUCAUCGAAAUGUAUAAUCUAACGUGUGUCUCAGGAUUCCAACUCAUGGGCUUCUCAGAGGACCCAGACCUGCAGUUUGUCCUUUUUGGCUUGUUCCUGUCAAUGUAUUUGAUCACAGUGCUCGGGAACCUGCUCAUCAUCCUGGCUGUUAUUUCUGAUUCCCACCUCCACACCCCCAUGUACUUCUUCCUCUCCAACCUGUCUUUUGUUGACAUCUGUUUCACCUCUACUACAGUCCCAAAGAUGAUUGUGGACAUCCUAACUCACAACAGAGUCAUCUCCUAUGCGGGCUGCCUCAUUCAGAUGUCUCUUUUUCUCAUAUCUGGGUGUAUGGAUGACAUGCUUCUGGCUGUGAUGGCCUACGACCGGUUUGUGGCCAUCUGCCACCCCCUGCACUAUACAGUCAUUGUGAACCCACGCCAGUGUGUCCUAUUAAUCUUGGUAUGUGUUUUCCUUAGCAUUUUGGAUUCCCAGCUGCACAAUUUAGUUGCCUUGCGAUUUACCUGCUUCAAAGAUGUGGAAAUUGCUAAUUUCUUCUGUGACCCUUCUCAACUACUUAACCUUUCAUGUUCUGAUCAUUUAAUCAAAACCACGGUCAUCUACACUGUUGGUGUCAUGUUUGGCUUUUUUCCCAUCUCAGGGAUAUUUUUCUCUUACUAUAAAAUUAUUACCUCCAUUCUAAAAAUAACAUCAUCUACAGGGAGGUACAAAGCCUUUUCUACCUGUAGUUCUCAUCUGUCAGCUGUUUGCUUAUUUUAUGGAACUGGUAUUGGAACGUACCUUGAUUCACAUGGGUCAUAUUCUCCCAUCAGGGGCAUGGUAGCUUCACUGAUGUACACUGUGGUCAACCCUAUGCUGAAUCCCUUCAUCUACAGCCUGAGGAACAGGGACAUCAGUAACACCUUGAAGAAGUUCCACAUUUGGAGAGUCUAA